AUGGCCGGAAAUGCAAUUGCCGACCUCAUUGGGGGAUUAUCCUUGAUUUCCAUGCUCUCAAAUGUAUUCCCAGAUAGUCACGAAAGCGCCACGAGCGUUCGUGUGGCUGCCGGAUUGUCAAUGCCUGGAGAGCACGACACGCCCUCGACCGGUGGCAACAUGCCAGGCAUCGCACUAUUCGACGAGGAUGGCGGACGUAUCGGUUUCAAGAGUGGCACUCGCAGUGGCUCCAUUGGCGACGGAGAUUACAAAGACAUUUUGGUUGAUCCCAUCAAUACGAGCAAUAACAGGCCGCCCACCUAUAUCAGCAUAUCCGGCGGGGGCCAAAAUCCCCUCUGCAUAGCAUACAUCUACGUAACGCCGCCAAGCAAAGAGUUCUGGGGCUUCUUCGGAGAUAUCCCCAAACGAUGCGGCGCUCCAUGGUAUCACUCCAACCUGCCCGUCCAAGCCACCGACGGUACAGCCUUCAAGCCUAGCUGUUUCUGGAUUGCCUCCCCCGACCCAGUCACGGGGAAGACUACAAACAACUACCCACAGGGCGCGGGCAUCCACUUGAUUGAUUUCGCGCCCUCAGAUGGUCUCGUACAGCAGUUUGAGGAACACCAUGAUACAAUGUGCGACAGUGCGCCCCGCUUUAAAAUGUAUCCCUCCCUGACGGAGAUGAACUGCAUUCCAAUCUUCAACCCUCCACUCGAAUCCAACCCUGAUGGCACUGAUAAGAAUCUUGCUGCCCUCAAGACCGCCGGGCAGGUAAUGUGCGAGCCCGGCCCGGGUACAAAGCCCAGCGCAAAGCAGAUCAUUCAACUGCAACAGUGGACCAGUGGGCGUUAUCGUCAGCCGUCGUACGGGGUCAAGAAACGAUCUACCAAGACCAGAGAGAAUACCCUCAACUGUUCCCCGGAUCACAACUCCAUCAUCAUGAGCGAGCAUGCAGCCCACACGGCUAGCGAGCUGUGUGGGAGUCUUUCGGCAGCGGGGCCGGACUUCGUCUCAAUCGUGGAAGGCCUUUUUUGUGACAUGUGCGCCAAGGAGCUGUGGCCGCUGUGCUCGGAGGCCACUCUGACUGGCUGUUUUGAUUUGGAUUCGAAGGCGAUGAGGGCGAAUAACGGGACUCUCACCGGUCGAGGGCUUCAUGCCAGAGAUGUGCUUACUGGGAGAGAUAUCCCACAGAAGGAGUAUGAGAAGGUGGUGCAUUGGUCGUAG